CACUAGCAGGAUCAUCCCUCACCAUUGAGGCUUUUUGUUAUCUUCCCAAGAAUAAUCUCUUUUUUUUUGGUCUGAGAAGCUCUCAUUGUCUUUUGUACAUACCUCUACAACGUUGGCAGGUGGAUGCAAAAACCUCAUGUGGUCAUGAAAUCCAAUCACCACAUUCCUAAAUCGCCCAAAUGCAAGCGGUCCACUUCAAUGGUCGCUUUCACCCUUCCGCCGACACUUCCUUUGCGUACUCACAAAGAGUCUGGUGUGGAUGGCAAAAUCACCCGCCAGUCAAGUGCCGCAGGUCCUACUCUCCCCCGCUUACCAUCCAUACGACGACGAGAAGCAUCGGCGCCAGUGGUAAGACACAAGGAACCCUUAUUACAGGACGCAAACCGAGUUGAAGAGGACAAGCGAGGACCCAAAAGUCCCAAACUCGGGAAACGUCAACCAAAGGGUAGCUUGUGGGUAUCUGGCGAAUGGGAACGAGGCUUUAGUGCUGAUGAUGAGGGGAGCUCGUCGUCUUCCAAUAUGAACAUUCUCAGUGCAUCUCCGACGAGUGGAGUCAGUGCAGGGAAAGCCCUCGAGUUUUUGAAAAAGCGGGGAAGCAGUGCUACGUACAAGCGUUUUAAAUCUCAGCUCAUGGCCCGAGAAGGAUCCCUUUCGAACGAACUCAAAUCCAAAUUCAAUGACGACCCCGAACCAGUUUACGACGACCUCAUCCUUGCAACAGCUAAAAAAAUGUACAAACGACGACAAUCAACGUGCGUCCCCACGACACUGUCACGUAGUGGGAGUAAGGAAAGUGUAGUGGACGAAUCUCAGCCGGAACUAUCCGCUGAAGUGAAUGGCUCGAGUUCGGAUGGCUUGACAAGUUCGCAGGAAUUGGAUUUGCUAUUUGGGGAAAAUCAAGGCAUUGUUAAAUCUCGAUCAAAGCGGGCUGCACCGGGUUCAAACGGGACUUUGGACGGAAAUGGAACGUCCACGCUGAAAUCUCUCGAGUCCUUGCGACAUGAUAGCAAAGAACUGACUGGAGAUCACCCUCCUCACAGUAAAACAGUGGACAAUAUUAUAUUAGAAACCGGAGGCAUCUUGGUCAGCAGCGACGCGAUGAGUGAGACACGAGCACCCAACCUUUCGAGUACUCGUAAACCUGUCAGCUUUGUUGAUGCGAAUGAAUCUAUUGAUCCUGCACCGUGGGUGCCCGCAGUUGGGGUAGAACGUUUUCGUGAGGCUACCGCUGCUGUUAUAGACGGUUUACGGAACACUCGAGCCAUGGUCAGCGGCUUCAACAUGACACCUUCGACUGAUAUUCUGGACAUGAGCACUGCUAUCAUGAACUUUUUAUCCAGAUUGAACUCAAGUGACACUUUCCGCUCUUUCUCUGUUGAAACCUUUGUUCCCGACGAUGUGCGAAGAGCUCUGAACAAGCAACCACAGGAACGGACAGAUGCAGACGUAACAGUCAUUCAGUCGCAUAUUACAAAAAUGCGAGGAUUGCAGCGGUUGCCUCUCAAGGUCCAAAAACAACUGAGUAGAGUCAUGGUGCUUGAAACGCGUGAGGCCAGUCGAAUUAUUUAUAAACAAGGUCACCAUCCAUCCUCUUCGUACGCUGUCUUGACGGGAUGCAUAUGCCUUGUACGGACCAUGGAUGCACCUAGUGACGCUUCGACACCAUGGGACAAGAGAACCUUCCGCUUAAUCUCCGAGCAUAGAAGCGGAGAUGCAUUUGGUACCCAUGAGACGCAAACGGAUUUACCCCGACUUGAUACGGCGAUUUGUAAAGAGCGCACAGAAUUGGUUCGAAUAGAUAAAUGGGAUUACCAGGAAGCUGUAGAGGAUCUUGCAAACAAAGAGGAGAAGGAGAAGCUGGACUUGAUUCGGGAACAUGGUGUCUUUAAGACUUUGAUUGUUGGAACAACUUAUUUGAACCGCCACACCGAAGUGGUGACGUUUCCACCCAAUGUGACAGUUUUUGGACCGAAUGAAGGCGAUGGAUACGUUUACAUUCUCAAAAGCGGCAUCUGUCGAGUGGUUCGUAAUGUGGACUUUAUCAAAACAAGUUUACCAAAUGGGACCUUCCUGCUUAAAUAUGACGAAAAGAAGGAAACCUACCUCGAAGCCAACGAAGACCGCGUAUCAAAGCUGCUUGUAGUAGAAACCUUAUCGCCAGGUGCAUUUUUCGGUGAGGAGCAAUUGGAAAUCAUUCGCGAUGAUUCAAAGAAAACAGAUGAACCCGCUCCCAUUGCAAUGAAUCCACCAGUACCCAACAAAGCCAGAAGAAAUAGUAUGGUCCUUGUAGCCCGGUUACCAAGCCGUCGUCAAAGUAUCAUUCCACCUCAAUCGCAUACUGCAAUACCUAUACCCUCUCCACCACCCCCACCCCCCACAACCCGCACAAUCAUCACCAACGAUCGAUGUGAAAUCCUUCGUAUGCUUGCUGACGAUUUUGCCCGAAUUGCAACGGAUGCGACUGUCACGUAUUUGCGGGGUCGUGCGAGGUCUGGUCCAUCUGAGGCAGAGGCUGCUCACGAGUAUUUGAGAAUGAGAGAAUGGGGAAUGCAUAAAAGAAAAGUUAUUCGGGAGGUUGUGGGACUAAAAGGAUAGUUUUGGGAUACAUUUUAUAUAGACUGAUUUUUGUCAGUGCGAUAGGUCCAAGUUGGAAAACUUGGGGCUGUGUAAUUUAUGGUGUGUAGAGAUGAUGGUUAGAUAGAGUAGGUUGUUGAGACAAAUAGGUUUGCUUUUUUCUUUUGGAUUUGAUGUGUAGAAUUGGAACUUUUAAAAAUAAUCCCCCGAUCAUACGAAUUACAAGA